AUGGCCGAUGACGAGGGCGCUUCCCCCCGCGAGCUGGUCGUAGAGGCGUGUCGCCGAGACCAGCCCCACCUGAUUGAGCAGGCUCUGGGUAGCAUGGACGAGAAGACAAAUGAGGAGGUGGCACAGUUCUUCAACGGAGUAACAGAUGCCCUCGGAAAUCAUGCGCUGCACAUUUGCGCCAUGUACGGAAGUUAUGACGUUAUGGAUUCCUUAUUCGACAUCGAAUUUUUCGAGUGCGACCCCCUGACUCGCAUGGAUAAAGAUACGCCACUACACAUCGCCGUACGAUUUGCCAAUGACAAAGAUGCAGAGUUAGGCGCAGCGAUGGUGAACAUGAUGUGUGAAGCAGGCUGCGAUCCCAGGGUUCGAAACAAGCAUGGCCAGAAGCCUGCGGAGCUUGUUUACAACAAGCCUGAAAUAAAACAGACGCUUCAACAAGCCGAAUACAUCCUGGCCGAGGGGAUUCAAACCAACGACCAUGGCUCAGAACAUGACAGUGCCAGCGACAGCGAAUAA